AUGUCUGCUGAGAACUCCGAUUCCUCUAAUCGAGGCCAACAGCCAAUGUUGGCCUCGCAAAGAGCGCAACCAAAAUUGGCACCUGUGAAGCCAGGAUACUUCCCUCUGGGGUACAAAGCUGCAGUCGGUCAAUGGUGGGCGAGCAUCUCACCCGCAGUUGCAGAACACAAUGUCAUGUCCUUCGUCCCAUAUCUCCAGAAACCUCCUACCCAUACACAAACUGGAUCUGCACCUGUAUCCGCGCAACAAUCAAGUAUGUCCAUCAAUACGGACCCUGAGCGAAUUGCAAGGCCAGUCAGGACGAAUUCUAUAAACGAUCCUUAUGGCCCAAGAUCGUGGCACUCGAAACUCGUACAACUGAGUGGGAAGAACAGAGCGCUGAAUGAGUUCUCGGUGCAGAGAGAUAACGAGGAUGUGGAGGAGAACUUGGUGAUGCUACAUGGUUAUGGAGCUGGACUUGGGUUUUUCUACAAGAACUUUGAAGGAUUGAGCAGAGUAAAGGGCUGGAAGAUAUAUGCUCUUGAUAUGUUGGGAAUGGGAAGAAGUAGUAGACCACCUUUUAAGGUACACGCCAAGGACCAAGCGGGGAAGAUCAGCGAGGCGGAGAACUGGUUCAUCGAUGCACUGGAGGAGUGGAGAAUAUUGAAGAAGAUCGACACGUUCACACUGCUCGGACACAGUAUGGGAGGCUACAUGGCAGUAGCAUAUGCUUUGAAGUACCCCGGGCAUCUCAAUAAGCUUGUCCUGGCCUCACCAGUCGGGAUACCUGAAGAUCCAUACGCAGUACAUGCCGCAAUGCCAGAACCAGGAGACUCAACAAUGGCAUCUGAGUUUCUACAAGACCAAGAAGAGGAAACAGUUCAGCACAACGGCAAUCUAAAGACCAACGGCGACAACAAUAACUUCCUGAAUGCUCGCUCAAAAGCAGAUGUCGGCCGAAAGCCCACCGAAGCAGCAGCACCACCACCCCGUCGACCCAUCCCAAAAUGGCUCUCUUACCUCUGGGACGCCAACAUCUCCCCAUUCAGUGUUAUUCGCUGGACAGGACCUCUAGGCCCACGCUUCGUCUCGGGCUGGACAUCCCGCCGCUUCUCACAUCUACCUGAACAAGAAUCUGAAGCCCUGCACGACUACGCCUACUCCCUGUUCCGCCAGAGAGGUAGCGGCGAGUACGCACUAGCCUAUAUUCUUGCUCCCGGCGCAUUCGCCCGCAGUCCACUCAUCCGACGCAUUCAAGGCGUUGGCCGACAAAGUCUCCCUACACCGUCACCUACCGCCACAUCUCCUUCCACUCUCACCAAAGAAACCGGCAUUCCAGUCAUCCUUAUGUACGGCGAAAACGACUGGAUGGACGUAGCCGGUGGAUUCGCAGCUGAGCAAAAACUCAAGGAAGAAAAGGCUAGAGCACUAGAAAUCGCGAGUGCAGAGGAGAAGAGGAAGGAGAAUGGGAACGCAAAGGUGGUGAUUAUCAAGAAAGCGGGGCAUCAUCUUUAUCUGGAGGGCUGGGAGGAGUUUAAUGAGAUUAUGAGGGAGGAGAUGGAGGAGACGAAGAGGCAUAGUAAAGCUGCUGCUGCCGCUUAA